AUGUACCCCAAGGGAACGCCAUGUCCGUGCGCAAAAUCACUUGAUGUGCCAAAGAUCAGGGAAGAUGCAGAAUUGACAAGGGUCGGGGCAACCAUCGACAUCUUCCGAUAUCACACCCGUUCGGGGGCUGCAGGCUCAGAGUCCCACAGCCAACGAACGAACAGGUUUGGUCUGGACCCAGAAACGUGGGUGACCUUUUCGUCGGAGGUGUCUUGCUCAUUUCUCAUCUGGCCCUGGCCUCUGUCAAUCUCAGUCAGUACACAUACACACCUCUCGUAUUGCUUGGAUGAGAGUUCCCGAAGCUGGGGAGCCUAG